AUUUCGGUUGGUGCGUUUAGUUAAGUGGUAGUGGUAGUAGUGAUCGAGUCAAAUAGUGCACUUGGCUUGGUUAAUCGUCCGAACUAGGGGACCGUUUCGUUGCGCAGGAGAACUUCAACAUUGCAGCUGAGCGGGUGCCGAUCUCCGAAAGAGUCGAUCGCAACUCGCAUGCCAUGCGCGAUACACUUUCGCAGUUUCUCUCCUCAGCAGAUACGGCAUGCCAUGACUGUCGGAAAAACAGUUCAGAUUCCGAUAACAGCUUCCCAGGGACCGGGGGGAUGCGGGACUCGCUGGAGGGGACGGGCUCAGCGCAGAACGACCUUAUUCACCUCAAGAGACGGGUGGGACUCUUCAGUGGGGUGGCUUUAAUUGUCGGAACGAUGAUCGGGUCUGGAAUAUUUGUAUCGCCAUCUGGUUUACUGGUGCGAACCGGUUCCAUUGGUGUGAGCUUUAUUAUAUGGAUGGCCUGUGGGUUGCUCUCAUUGUUAGGUGCAUUAGCGUACGCUGAGUUAGGCACGAUGAACACAUCUUCCGGAGCAGAAUGGGCAUACUUUAUGGACGCGUUCGGCGCUUGGCCGGCAUUCCUGUUCUCCUGGGUUUCGACACUGGUACUGAAACCGUCCCAGAUGGCAAUCAUAUGUCUCUCGUUUGCCCAGUAUGCCGUCGAAGCCUUCGUAGCCGAAUGCGACCCACCGCAGACCGUUGUAAAAAUGGUUGCAAUACUGGCGAUCGUGUGCAUUUUAUUUGUAAAUUGUUAUAGUGUUAAUCUAGGGAUGGCUGUUCAAAAUGUUUUUACCUCUGCAAAGCUGAUCGCGGUGCUGAUUGUAAUCUGUGGUGGAGCCUAUAAGCUGUUCCAGGGAAACACCCAGCACCUGCAGAAUGCAUUUAGCGGACCUAUGCCCUCGAUGGGUGCAAUCGCCACGGCGUUCUACACCGGUCUUUGGGCCUACGACGGAUGGAACAAUCUUAACUAUGUAACCGAAGAAAUUCAAAAUCCAAGCAAAAACUUGCCUCGUUCGAUUAUAAUUGGAAUACCGCUGGUAACGUUGUGCUAUGCGCUAAUCAAUGUAUCCUAUUUGGCCGCAAUGUCACCGACGGAGAUGAUCGAAUCGGAAGCCGUUGCUGUCACAUUUGGCAAUCGCAUCCUGGGUGUAAUGGCUUGGCUCAUGCCGCUGAGCGUCACCAUCAGUACGUUUGGCAGCGCUAAUGGCACGCUGUUCGCCGCCGGAAGGUUGUGCUUUGCCGCCAGUCGCGAAGGCCAUCUGUUGGACAUUCUUUCCUAUGUACACGUGCGACGCCUGACACCGGCUCCGGGGCUGAUUUUUCAUUCACUGAUUGCAAGCGCGAUGGUCCUGUACGGUACGAUCGAUUCCCUAAUUGAUUUCUUCAGUUUCACGGCGUGGAUUUUCUACGGUGGAGCGAUGCUGGCACUGAUCGUGAUGCGUUACACCAAACCCAACUAUCCGAGACCCUAUAAGGUUCCACUUAUCAUUCCAAUAUUGGUUAUGGUCAUUUCCGGCUAUCUGGUGGUGGCGCCCAUCAUUGAAAAACCGCAAAUCGAGUACCUGUAUGCAGUGAUGUUUAUCUUUGCUGGGCUCUUCUUCUACGUGCCGUUCGUACACCUUGGAUACCAUCCAAAGUUUAUGGGAAAUGUCACCCUAUUCUUCCAAAUGCUUUUCGAGGUUGUGCCCACUACAACAAUGAACAUGUUCGACUGAUCGAGUUACCAGCACUACUAUCAAAAAGACAUAUAAAAUCAGCCAAUUGAAAAUAUAUCCGACCGCAAAGAUUUGUUCGUAGCCAACAAAAGAUUGGAUGUUUGAAUAUAAUAUACAUAUACUUGCUUCAUAAACUCAAGUUAAACGAACAACUCAAAUCAAAUAGCAAUAACAAGUAGAUUUGGAAUGUCAUAAUAAGACAGACAGUAGACUAAAGCAAAAGCACUAUCCAAGCUGGAAAAAGUAUGUAGCAUAAACCGAGCUUUACUCUGAAGGUAAGAACGUGCCAAUCAAAAGUUGAAAAGUAAUGAAUAACACAAACGCAGCAACAUCGAGCAGGCAAACCCAUACAUAUUUCCGUUCCUGAUAUCGAAACAAGGAAGAAUAAAUCAGCAAAGACACAACAAAACCGAAAACACUGCUCAAAUCAGAACAAAACCUAAAAAAUCGUUUUUCAAUAAUUUUGGAAAAGUAUACAUGCAAUAAUUGUUUCAAUCAAUAGGAAAAGAAGAAAGUCGCUACCAGCGCGUAUAACUCUAAGUAAAAGAAGCUAGUUCUAUGAAGGGAAAAGACUAUAUUUUAUAAACCAGUUUGAAACAAAAAAAAUAUUUAGAACCAAGACCAAGCAAAACAUCACCAAUAGUUUAAAUGAUGUUGAAAAUCAUUACAGAGUAGUAGUUGUAUCUAAAACAGCUAGAAAAAGGCACCAUUAGAACUGUUUGGUUUUAUUUUUCAUACGUUUUUUGUCAUCCCGAAUGGAGAAGAGAAAUAAUUUUCAAACCACAAUCCAUUGUGGUGUGGAGUGCUGUUUAAGUUCAGUUUAUAAAUUUCACAUACUCAUCCAGCUCCCCCAAACCAAACCAGUGGUUCAUGUUUGAAACUAGGAGUGUGAUAUUCAAAGCAGGAAAUCAUUUGGAAUUGUUUGUUUCGCACGUUAACAAAAAUUUACUUACCCUCUUCUAUUUUACACAAAAGCAAAGCUGCACGGAUCAUUCCCGGAUGGUCGCUCCCCGAAUGUUUAUAUGACCUCUAGAAGGAACCAGCAUUCUGUUGUUGAUAGAUAUUUAUUCUAAAUAUUUUUAACCUUGAAAAAGGAAAACUAUUUUGGGGAACGACCAUUGCCUCGCCAGUUUGGUGCAGGGACUGGUGAUACUAAAUUUUUUGAACGAAUCGAAAGUCACACUGAAAGAAAACCAAAGAAAACAAAACCAUCUGCGCCGUAAAUCCGAUGGAUGGCAUGUGCUUAAAGCAAAUUUUGACUGAGAAGUAAUGUAGUAAAAACAUGAACACCAGAGCUGAAUGAAGGUAUACCACGAGUACUGUAUUAUAAUUCGUUGUAAUGCACUCAUUUUAUAGUAUCCAACUGCAAUACGGUAUUAUACCGAUAUUAUUGCACAGUUUUGAUUGUACAUAGCGUGUUCGCUGGCGGUUCGAUCGGUACACCAUGGAGCUAUCAUUCCGUGCCGACGAAUCGUGACGUUUAUCAUUAGUUUUAGUAAGUUUGGUUAGCUUUUACUAUUAUUUAUUUUUCUUGAUGCUUUUGUCCCUUUAUGAUACAUUAACGUUAGUAGUAACGUAUUAGACGUACAGACUUAUGGCAAAACAAAUGGCUGAAACUUCAUCAUCGUGACAAGCAAAAACAAAAAAAAAAAAAUGCAAUCGCCUAUUUCGAAACAAAUUGUUGUGACACAAUGUCAAAGUCUGAAGCAACAUUGGCAAAUUAACCAAAAAAUAGUCGUGAUAAAGUACUGAUCUGUUAAUCUAUUAUUACACUGGUUGAACAGAAAAAGGAUAUAUAACUGUACUUAUUGAAUUGAGCAAAAAAAAUGCGGAUGGAGUAAACGUAACACUAAUUGUAACUAUUGGAUUCAGCAGCUGUAAGG